AUGGAGAGGGGGGCCAGCCCAGUAGCAAGCGGAUACACGGGAGGAGCCCACGCCUUUUCCAUCCCAUACAUGUUUUACCAGCGCCUUCAUUCAGCGCUCCUCAAAACACGCACCUCCUGCCAACUGACGAGGCUUCUCCAUGGCGCCUCCACUGUGGCCCUUCACAGCCCUCCGGCGCAGAAAUGGCAGAAGGUGUUGAAGGCUCACCAUUAUUCAAACUCCUGCUACCAAUUACCAGACACAGUCUUCCCAGGGUUUGUGGGUUCGGAGAUGUGGAACCCCAACACCGCUGUGAGCGAAGACUGCCUGUACCUGAACGUGUGGGCCCCCCGGAACAGGUCCAUGCCGCAGCCUCAGCCCCUCCUCCCAGUGAUGGUGUGGAUCUACGGGGGCGGCUUCACCUCCGGGACCGCCUCUCUGCCCCUGUACGACGGCCGCUCCCUCAGUGAAUAUGGCAAUGUGGUGGUGGUGUCCAUGAACUACAGAUUGGGUGCCUUUGGUUUCCUCUCUCUUCCCAAUCAUCCCACAAUCAAAGGUAACGCUGGCCUGAUGGACCAGCAGCUGGCUCUGCGUUGGGUAUCUCAGAACAUUGCUGCCUUUGGAGGCGACCCAGCUAAGGUGACGAUAUUUGGGGAAAGUGCUGGCUCAGCAUCUGUGGGCUACCAGCUGCUCUCCCCGGGCAGCAGGGAUCUUUUCCAGAGAGCUGUGAUGCAGAGUGGCAGCCCCAACGCUCCCUGGGGCCACCUAAGCCAGACAGCAGCAUGGGAGAGGGCCCAGAUCCUGCUGCAGAAGCUGAAGUGUCCUUUGUCCCCUGUGGCCAAGGUGGAGGCUUGUCUUCAGAAGACGAGUGCGGAGGACAUAGCACUCACACAGUUCCUGGUUCCUGGUGCAUCCCUCAUUCAUGUCCCAUUUGCUCCGAUCGUCGAUGGGAAGUUCCUGCCGCUCUCAGUCCAAGACAUGUUGAACAGCAAAGAUCUGCCAAAGAAAGAGGUGUUGUUUGGGCUGAAUAAGAACGAGGGCACCUACUUCCUGCCGUACGGAGCUCUGGGCUUUAACAACAGCGGCAACAACCUCAUCAGCAGGGAGCAGUUCCUCCAGGGCCUCCCCAUCGUCUUGCCCGCAGCCGCCCAGGCCACCAGGGAAGUGGUCAUCUCCCAUUACACCGACUGGACGGAUCAAAACAAUAUGACCAAGAACAGAGACCAAAUGGGCAACCUCUUUGGGGACUACAUGUUUGUUUGCCCUCUCCUCGACUUUAUUCACAAGUAUUCCCAGCACGGAGCCAGGUCUUUCCUGUACUUUUUUGACCACCGCUCCUCCGUAAACCCUUGGCCAGAAUGGAUGGGCGCCAUGCACGGCUACGAGAUCGAGUUUGUCUUCGGGGUUCCGCUGCUGAAAAAGCUGGAAUACACAAAGAGCGAAGUCAACAUGACCAAGAAGUUCAUCAAACACUGGACCAAUUUUGCCAGAACUGGGGAUCCGAGUGUGCCUGGUGAAGCAUGGCCCUCCUUCACAGCUGAGAGGAUGGAGUAUGUGACAUUAAACUACCAUCAUCCAGAAGUAAAACAAAAUUUAAAAGCCCCUGAGUGUCGUCUGUGGACCACAGUGGUGCCAGAAAUACAAAGAAUAUCAGAUAAGCUGCUGGAGUGCUCAGGAGGGAACGAACAGCACUGCAGUCUCUUGCUCUUGCUCCUUCUGGUGAUGUCUGCAAUAUUUCAACCACACAUAUAA